AUGAAGCUCCUCUUAGUCAAUUCUUUGUGCCUUAUGAAAAACAUUAAAUGCUAUCAUUCCGCUAGUUCUAGUUCUAGUUCUAGAGUAGAGCAUACUAUUCCCCUUUAUGAAAGAAAGAGUCGAGCAAAAUUUAGAAAAGAGAAAUUAAAUAAAAAGAUGAAGAUGGAAAUUCUUCAUCUGAAUAGAAGGAACAAACAUUUUAAGGAAUAUUAUCCCCUGGUUAGAAAUAGUACUUCAACAGAGGAUGCACUCCUACUUGAUGAUUUUGUAGAUAGAGCUGCUAAUCUUGUUGGACACCAUCCAUAUGAAGAAAUUGAAGCCCAUGGUAAUUACUUUUCUUUUGAUUUAAAAAACAAGAACAAGGAGAACAUUCCAAUGGAAAAUCCUUUCCCAUUUGUAAAGGGUGAAAUAGAAGGAGCAUAUAUGAACAACAGUCAUAACAAUAAAACAUUGAAACGAAACAUAUAUAUGUUGGACGAUGUACCCUUAACUUUUAUACAUAUGAAAAAGCUAUACUAUUUCAUUAACAAAAAAGAAAAUAAAAGUUUAGUAAAAUAUAUGAACAGUUCUAAUUUUUUAAAAUUAUGUAUUUAUAUGAACAAAAAGAAUAUUAGGAAUUACACAAUUGAAGAGGAUUUUUUAAACAGAGUAAAUCAGACUUCGAUCGAUGGAAAAGGGGGCAGUCUCAUUCUGAAUGAGUCCAAUUUCAUCUAUAUUUUAGAAUUCUUUCAUCAUAUCGGGUUGAACUGUUUAGCAUUUCCUCGAAGGGGGGAAAAUAAUAUUAAUAGAAGUGCAGAUAGCAGCGACAAUGAUAACAUUAGUAACUCUAGCCCCACUAGUGGUACCAGGUGGGAGUUUAACAAAUUAAGAGAUGAAUACAACAGAGUGCUUAACAAUUUGACAAAUCGAAUAGUUCUGAAUGAACAACAAAUUAUAGAAAUACUAUGCAUAAAUGAUAAAUACUUAUAUUUUAAUGAGUACAUUUUCAACUACAUUGAUGAUACAAUAUCAGUGAACUACCAUAAUUUUACUGAGCAUGAUAUAACAUAUAUAUGCAAAUAUUUGAGUAAGACUCUAUUCCGCCUUUCCCUCUCAUGCAACGCUGUUACCAGCAUCAGCAGCAGUAGUAGUAACAGAAACUGUAACAGCUACGUGGUUAGGCUAAUCAAGCGGUAUGUGUGCAAGAGUGUUAUCUUUUCUGACCCCCUAUCCUUACACCAUUUACCGCACGAGGAAAAGUUUACCCAGACGUCCAUUUCGGGAAAACACAUUCCCUCAGUGGGGGCAUCCAAUGGUAAGGAACUGCAUAAUGUGAAGAAAGAAACCGAAAAGGAGAAAGAAAUACCUGGAUAUAUUCACGGAGAGAGGUGUUAUAGUAACAAGUUGAAAAGGUCUAUAGAGGACGUAAAGAGAAGUAUGUUACAAUCUGAUAUGAGUGAAAAGUGCAAAGAGCAAGCAAAUUUUAAGGAUUUAAUAAGAAAGAGCUCGUUCGUUGCUGUACUGAAUAAAGAAUUGAAGAAGAAUUUACAUGAGUUUAAAUAUUAUAAUUUAGUGGACGUUUUUGAAUUCUACACAAUUUUUAAUAUAAAUAAUAAAAAUCUGAUAAAAAGAUUUAUUAACGAAACAGAUAAAUAUAUUAACAUUAUGAAAUAUGGUUACCAUGCUAGAGCUUUAAUAUUAUUUAGUUUAAACAGACAAUACUUAGAAAUAGAAAACGAAAAAACGGUUAGGAGAUUAAUUAGAAGAAUUUCUUAUAUGUUAAACUUUUCGUGGCCUGUUGAAUUUAUUAUAGAAGUAAUUAUUGCUUGUUCAUAUUUUUCUUGCAAGGAUAGGGUUUUUAAGAAUUUAUUUCUUUAUUUAAAAAAUAAUAUAAAGAAUUGUAUUCAUCCAACAGUUAUAAUUAACUUAUUACAAGCAUUAGUUCCAAUAAACAAAAUUAACUUUACAGUUUUUCAUCAAAUUAUUAAUUAUCUUAAAAAGUAUAUCAAAACGAGGAAUAAUAUAAGUUACGUCAUUUACAUGUUAAAACAUAUGUCUGCAUUAAAUUACAAAGAUAUGGAUUUUUUUUUUUUUUUUUUAUCCUUUCAAAAUGUAGUUAACCAAAUUGGUCAACUAUCAAAUGAAAAUUUGGUUCAUUUUUUCCAUUUAAUUUAUCAUUAUAAUCAUUUCUUAAAGGAUCCAAAAAGUGAAACGUGUCUUCACGAUGUGUGCAUAAAAAAAACUAACAUGUUCGCAUUUUUUACAGAGUAUGUAUUAUAUCUUAUACUGAAUAGGGAAAACUAUUAUUUUCCUUUUGACUUGUCUGAUAAGAGGGUAGACACUAAUAGAGGAAUUCCCCAUAAAUAUAAUAAAUUUUUGCUUGAACAGGAGGGCAUGGAGGGGGAACAUAAAAAUCAUAACAAUUCUUCAGGAUAUAUAAAUUGUGGUGAGAUACUAUAUUCCCAUUCGAUUUGUAAAAACACUGAGUCCUUACAUAUUACAAAAAAUGAAGUUGAUACAAAGGAGGUAAAAAAAAUUGCCCAUAAUUUUGCUUCGGACAGGUGGAAAGAAAAAGCGAAUGAAAAAAAGGAAAAGCCGUGUAGCACAGAUAUAAUACAUAGUGGCGCCAGUUCAUCGAAUGGACAAACUGUAAUAAACAAUGAAAUUGGCAUAGCAAACGGAGUAGUAAACAUCCCCCUUUUUAUUACUAGUGAAAUAACUUCUUUGAAUAAGAAUAUCCCCAAAUUAUCUCUUCCUAUUGACACGUUCGUAUACCUUUUAAAAGGAUUUAUAAAUAUGAAACUUACAAAUUUAGAAUUUUUACAAUAUGCCAUAAACUUUGUGCAUAAAAAUUUAAAUCUAUUUAAUGAAAAUCAUGUAAUAAUUCUUAUUCAGUUUUUUUCUGACCAUAUGACUUCUUAUAUUGCAUAUUUACCUGACUCGUUAAUACGAAUAACAUAUAGCUAUUUGUUAACAAUAGCGAAAAAUAAUAUAACAAAUAUACCUGACUUUUAUUUACCACAUUGUGCAUUUUCAGUCAUCUCUUUUUAUUUUGUAGAAAUUGUUUUAAAAAAUAAAAAGAGUAAUACGGACUUACUGGAAAAUAUGUUGGUCAUGUUUUGCAAUAAAAUGAAAGGAGGAAUGAAAGUGUUAAAUGAAGAAAAUGAAAAAAUAAAGAAAAAAGGAAGCUUUGAAUUAUUGAUUAUCAUUUCUCAGGUAAUGCAAAUGUUAUAUAUAAAAAUGGACAAAAGACUACCUGACGAUUUAUUUUAUUUUUGUAAAUAUAUAAAAAAAGAAUAUCAUAAUAAUGAUUUAAAGGAAAAUAUUAAAAAUGAUCAGACAAGAGCUAGCCAACAAUUUAUUUAUUUUUUUUCUGACCUGCUCAGGAAAAAAAAAAUUGCGCAUUUUUUAAAAUAUUUUAAUUCCCCUUACCUAAUUGACAUUGUAAUAACGAGAAGCGAUAAUAAAAAUGCUGUUCACACACAAACGCGCACCGAUGGGGGAAUAAAAAAGGCUUUAUUCAUAAUUGACAAAUUGGAAAGCAUGCAUUUAAAAAAUAUUCGAGUAACUAAUUUUUUCGACCGCUAUUCUUCAAUAAAGAACAAAGCAGUGGUAGGAGGGAACAGUAGCCAAAAGGGUAAACAGAACACAGUUAAUACUGUUCAGGAGGAAAAAGAAAUGUUUGUUUAUGACAAUCAAGUAAGCACUUGCUUAAAACCGUAUGAGUCAAUGAGAGAGUGGUUCUUAAAUAAUUGUAACUUCUCAGUUUCGUAUGUGUCAAUGGAGGAAUGGAAAAAUGAGUAUUCAUAG